CCCCCGGUGCGGGCCACGGUGCCGGGGGGAAGGGAUGACUCUAGAUUCAACGAUGGCCUGCUGCCUGAGCGAGGAGGUAAAGGAAUCCAAGAGAAUCAACGCGGAGAUCGAGAAGCAGCUGAGGAGGGACAAGAAAGACUCUCGGCGGGAGCUCAAAUUGCUUUUGCUAGGUACUGGAGAGAGUGGAAAAAGCACAUUCAUUAAGCAGAUGAGGAUUAUCCAUGGCUCUGGUUAUUCUGAAGAGGAUAAGAAGGGAUUCACCAAGUUAGUUUUUCAGAAUAUCUUCACUGCCAUGCAGUCUAUGAUAAGAGCCAUGGAGACACUGAAAAUUCUCUACAAGUAUGAACAGAACAAGGCCAAUGCUCAAGUUGUGCGAGAAGUGGAUGUAGAGAAAGUAUGUACCUUUGAACAGCCAUAUGUGAAUGCAAUCAAAAACCUGUGGAGUGACCCUGGGAUCCAGGAGUGCUAUGAUCGAAGGAGGGAGUACCAACUGUCAGAUUCUACCAAGUAUUACCUGACAGAUGUGGACCGGAUUUCAAAACCCGGCUACCUGCCCACGCAACAAGAUGUGCUGCGUGUAAGAGUGCCAACUACGGGUAUAAUUGAGUACCCUUUUGAUUUGGAGAACAUCAUCUUCAGGAUGGUAGAUGUUGGUGGUCAGAGGUCUGAACGAAGGAAAUGGAUUCAUUGCUUUGAGAAUGUCACUUCCAUCAUGUUCCUUGUAGCCCUUAGUGAAUAUGACCAGGUUCUUGUUGAGUCUGACAAUGAGAAUCGGAUGGAGGAGAGUAAGGCACUGUUCAGGACCAUAAUCACUUACCCGUGGUUCCAAAAUUCUUCGGUCAUUCUGUUCCUAAAUAAGAAGGAUUUGUUGGAAGAUAAGAUCAUGUAUUCCCACCUCGUAGACUAUUUUCCUGAAUUUGAUGGCCCUCAAAGGGAUGCUGCAACAGCACGUGAGUUCAUUUUGAAGAUGUUUGUGGACCUGAAUCCUGACAGUGACAAGAUCAUCUAUUCGCACUUCACGUGUGCCACAGAUACCGAGAACAUACGCUUUGUCUUCGCUGCUGUCAAAGACACCAUACUACAGCACAACCUUAAAGAGUACAACCUGGUGUAACCAAGCACCCACCUUCCCUCAACCU